UCGAUGUCUUAAGCAGGAGAAAACACACACUCUCUCUUCUCUCUCUCCCUCUCCUUCUCUUCCUCUCUCUUCUUUUCCUUCUUCCGUACACGAUCUCUUUCACUAUCUUCCAAUUCCCAAUUUUUUCAACAUACGCCACUGCAAUCCUCCUUCAUUUUCUUGCAUUUUCGGUUUCUGGGUCUGUUUUCCUUUUAGGGUUCUCAGUGGUUCAGAAAAAAAAAUGUUUUCUUUUUCUUCCCUUUAUCCAUACUCAGAUUUGAGUUGAGCAUCACACAGUGGGGUUGAGUUCAGAUUCACUGGCGUGGAGCAAUUCGCAGGUUUUAGUAACCAUUCAGUCCCUAAUUUCUGUCUCUAACUCUAAUACUGCUUUUGGAAUUAUUGGAUUCUUCAUUUGAUGAGGGUUUUGGCCGGAUUGCGUGUAACUCCAGAUAGUAAUUUGAAGUGAUAGAUAUUCCAAACUAUCAAUGGUACUAAUUUAAGAAACUUGUUUACUGCCUAUACAAAUUACAAAUAUGCCUACAUGGUGGGGGAAAUCAUCGUCAAAAGAAACCAAGAAGAAAGCAAAUAAGGAAAGUUUUAUCAAUUCAUUUCACCGCAGAUUUAAAAUCCCAUCUGAAAGUAAAUCAAGCAGUAGAUCUGGAGGAUCUCGUAGACAUUGCAAUGAUUCAAUUUCUGAGAAAGGGGCUCAGUCUCCUCCUGAAUCAAGAUCUCCGUCACCUUCCAAAGUGGCAAGGUGUCAAAGUUUUGCUGAAAGGCCUCAUGCUCAGCCGCUACCACUUCCUGUCCUGCACCCAUCAAAUAUAAGCCGGGCAGACUCUGAAAUUAGCAUAUCAGCUAAAUCAAGACUUGAAAAAGGCUCCAAACCAUCAUUGUUUCCACUACCAAAACCAGCAUGCAUGCGUGGUAGGUUGAACCCUGCAGAUUUGGAUGGAGACCUGGUCACUGCUUCAGUCUCUAGUGAGAGCUCUGCUGACAGUGAUGAGCCAGUGGACUCUCGCAAUCUUAGUCCUUUGGCAACUGACUGUGAAAACGGGGCUAGAACUGCUGCAGGCUGUCCUUCCAGCUCGAUGCCCAAGGAUCUAUCAUCUACUGUUUCCCAAAUAAAUUCAAGAGAAACCAAAAAACCGGCAAACAUUCUGGGUAAUCACAUGUCUUCUACUUCACCAAAACGGAGGCCUUUAAGCAACCAUGUUUCAAAUUUGCAGAUUCCUCCUCAUGGUGCCUUCUGCAGUGCACCUGAUAGUUCCAAAUCAAGUCCGUCUAGAAGUCCAUUGAGAGUAUUUGGCACUGAACAGGUGUUGAACUCUGCUUUUUGGGCCGGAAAGCCAUAUUCGGAGGUCAAUUUAGGUGGAUCUGGGCACUGCUCAAGUCCAGGUUCUGGUCACAAUUCUGGACAUAAUUCAAUGGGAGGAGACAUGUCUGGACAGUUAUUUUGGCAACCUAGCAGGGGUAGCCCUGAAUAUUCUCCUGUACCUAGUCCCCGAAUGACUAGCCCUGGACCUAGCUCUAGAAUUCAGAGUGGUGCAGUUACACCUAUUCAUCCUAGAGCUGGGGGAACACUCAAUGAAUCACAGACAGGACGGGUUGAUGAUGGAAAACAACAGAGUCAUCGUUUGCCCCUUCCUCCUUUAGCAGUUACCAAUAUUUUACCUUUCUCUCAUUCAAAUUCUGCAGCAACUUCUCCAUCCAUGCCAAGAAGUCCGGGAAGGGCAGAUAAUCCAAUAAGCCCUGGAUCACGUUGGAAAAAAGGAAAACUGCUUGGCAGAGGCACAUUUGGACAUGUCUUUGUUGGCUUUAAUAAGGAAAGUGGUGAAAUGUGUGCUAUGAAAGAGGUGACUCUGUUUUCAGAUGAUGCCAAAUCUAAAGAAAGUGCUAAGCAAUUAAUGCAGGAAAUUGCCUUAUUAAGUCGAUUGCGGCAUUCAAAUAUUGUGCAGUACUAUGGUUCUGAAACAGUCGGUGACAAGCUUUACAUAUAUCUGGAGUAUGUCGCUGGAGGCUCCAUAUAUAAACUUCUUCAAGAGUAUGGACAAUUUGGUGAACUAGCUAUUCGUAGUUUUACACAACAAAUUUUGUCCGGACUUGCUUAUUUACAUGCUAAAAAUACUGUCCACAGGGACAUCAAAGGAGCAAAUAUACUGGUAGAUACUAACGGUCGGGUUAAGUUGGCGGACUUUGGCAUGGCAAAACAUAUAACAGGGCAAUCAUGUCCAUUAUCAUUCAAGGGAAGCCCCUAUUGGAUGGCUCCUGAGGUUAUAAAAAACUCCAAUGGUUGCAACCUUGCCGUUGAUAUAUGGAGCCUGGGAUGCACAGUUUUGGAAAUGGCUACAACUAAACCUCCUUGGAGUCAGUAUGAAGGGGUUGCUGCAAUGUUCAAGAUUGGUAAUAGCAAGGAACUCCCAGCAAUCCCGGAUCACCUAUCUAGUGAAGGAAAGGAUUUUGUUAGGAAAUGUCUCCAACGGAAUCCACACAAUCGCCCUUCGGCAAGUGAAUUAUUGGACCACCCUUUUGUAAAAUAUGCUGCACCUUUAGAGAGACCUAUUCUAGGUCCUGAUGCUUCUUCAGACCCAGCCGUAUCUGGGAUCACACAGGGAGCUACAGCUCUGGGUAUUGGACAAGGAAGGAGUCCUUCUACAUUGGAUUCAGAUAGACUUUCCCGUCACUCUUCUAGGUUUUUGAAAAGUAAUCCUCAUGCAAGUGAAAUCCAUAUUCCGAGGAAUAUAUCCUGCCCUGUCUCACCCAUUGGAAGCCCACUUUUGAGGCCAAGAUCGCCACAACAUAUGAAUGGGAGAAUGUCUCCCUCUCCUAUAUCCAGUCCUCGGACUGCUUCUGGUGCAUCCACACCUCUCAACGGUGGUAGUGGUGCCAUUCCAUUCAGUAAUCACUUAGUUUACAUUCAAGAGGGUCUUGGAAACUUGCCGAAGUCCUCAAAUGGUGUCUACAUUAGUGGCCCUACUCAUCAUGACUUGAAUCUUGACAUUUUUCGAGGAAUGCAACAGGCGCCUCACAUUUCAUCAGAACUGGUUCCAGGUGAAAGUGAUGUUCUAGGGAAGCAGUUUGCACGGUCUCCUCGUAACGAGGCAUAUGAUGUUCAAUCAGUCUUGGCUGAUCGUGUUUGUCGGCAGCUACUGGGGGAUAAUGGGAAAAUCAACCCAUCCCUUGAUCUAAAUCCCAAUUCUUUGCUCAGCCGGGCUAAUGGUUUAUGACAUGGGGCAUUUUCCUUGGUCCACCUUUGUGAGCAAAUCUUUGAAGUUUGUCAGAAUGAUCCAUUCAUUGUUCUAUUUGCUGAGGAAGUAAUUGUAAAAUAAGGAGCCAAAGCAUACGAGAAUCAAUGUAAUAAAUUUUGAUCGGAGAAUAGAGGGAGCUGAGUCAGACUAUUCCAUUUUGCAUGGUUUCCCUCCAGGCUUAUGGAGUUCAGAACCUUUGGGGUGAGGUGACAAACUAAGCCAUACGAUGAAAAUUCCUGACAUUUGAUUUGUCUAUAUCAACUGAAGCAAAUGCUCACUUGUAGCAAAAAGAGAAGCUUAUGUUUGUAUGUAGAAUUUUCAAGAUACAGCAUCAGUGCGUGGAUUUCUCUCUGGUGUCUGAAAUAUGAGAAAUGAUAGGUUUAAUGUUAAUAUUAGCUCAAGGAAUGAAUUUUUCUAAUCAUAUUUAUGCACUUCCUUCAGUUAAAGAAUUCAUGCAAUGACAACUGUAUCUUUUUGAACAUCAUAUAGAUGCAAAAAAAAAGUGAAAUUGGUGCAAAAUUUAGCAUCCAGACUAUUUUUUGGGAGGUGAUAUUGCUGUACAGAAUAUGGGAGACUGAAUUGUGAUUCUGCAUUUAUUGAUGAGAAGCCAAGGAUUUG